AUGGCAACAACUACAGAGACCCAGGUUAGCGAGGCCGAGCAAAAGUUGACCUUCGCUCCCCAGUUCGAAGCCAAGGACCUCGUCGAAUUCGACCCCGACCGCGUGUACGGUGACUGGCGGGACGAGUUCCACAAGACAGGUUGCGUCCUAAUCAAGAACGUCAUCAGCCCUGAACGUGCGAAGUACUACGCCGACAAGCAGACCGAGUGGCUCAAGAAGUUCGAGUUGGGGUUUGAUGAGAACGAUCCGGAGACAUGGACGGCCGAUCAUCUGCCCGUCAGCUUCAAGGGCGGCAUGUACUUUGCGUACGGCUCCACCCACGAGAAGUCCGUGUGGGAGGCCCGCAGUGAGCCCGCCGUGAUCGAUAUCUUCGAAAAGCUUUGGGAAACCAAGGAGCUCAUCUGCUCGUUUGAUGGCUCCAACAUCUCCAUGCCCAACCGGAAGGACCUGAAGUGGUCGCCGUGGCCACAUUGCGACCAGAACCCCGAGCGGAAAGGCAUGCAAGCGGUGCAAGGUCUGCUCAACUACGCUCCUAACGGCCCUAAGGAUGGCGGCCUCAUGCUGAUGAGGGGUUCGGCCAAGCUGUUCGAUGAGUUCUUCGCCCACAAACGAGACUCGGCCGACCACGAGGACGCUCCACCGCCAGAGAUCAAAUUCAUGGACCUCUUCCUCUUUAGCGAGAAGGACGUUAAGUGGUUUGAGAGCCGUGGCUGUGAGUUGUUUAAAGUUAACAUGGACCCGGGCGACUUUGUGCUCUGGGACUCCCGCACCAUGCACUAUGCCAAAUUUCCCGAAGGCGACCAAAUCCGCCACGUGCAGUACAUUUGCAUGACGCCCCGCCGCUUUGCGAGUGAGGAGGCUCUGAAGACUAAGCAGUACUGUUUUGAGAAUUUCCUCGGCACCACGCAUUGGCCACAUUGCAACAUUCGUCCUUCGGCCGAGAAGCCAAUGAGGAACGGUGAGGUGUGUCCUAAGUACCGAACAGAGCCUUUCGAGAAGCCUGAGAGGACGGACACUGUGUUGCGACUGGCAGGCGUGAAGGAGUACUAA